CAGUGGAGUGCCGGCGGGAAAUCAGAAUAAUUUGAAACACGAAUCGAAGUAGACGAAGUGAAUUCAGUGCGAACUGAAAAGUUUUUCGACGAGUUAUAUAUUGUUUAUUGUGAAAGAAGUAUCUACACUAAUUAAUAUUAAAAAUGCCAGCUAUCGGAAUUGAUUUGGGAACAACAUACUCAUGUGUUGGAGUAUGGCAACACGGAAACGUGGAGAUCAUCGCGAACGACCAGGGCAACCGUACCACACCAUCGUACGUCGCGUUCACGGACACAGAGCGUCUCAUCGGCGACGCAGCCAAGAACCAGGUCGCCUUGAAUCCUAACAACACCGUGUUCGACGCGAAGAGGCUGAUCGGGAGGAAAUUCGACGACCCCAAGAUUCAGCAGGACAUGAAGCACUGGCCCUUCAAAGUGAUCAACGACUGCGGCAAACCGAAAAUACAGAUCGAGUUCAAAGGUGAGACGAAACGAUUUGCACCAGAAGAAAUUAGCAGCAUGGUGCUGACAAAAAUGAAGGAGACGGCGGAAGCCUAUCUGGGAAGUACAGUGCGGGAUGCGGUAGUCACAGUUCCGGCAUACUUCAACGACUCCCAGCGUCAGGCCACCAAGGACGCCGGAGCCAUCGCAGGCCUGAACGUGCUCCGCAUCAUCAACGAGCCCACAGCCGCAGCGCUCGCGUACGGUCUCGACAAGAACCUCAAAGGUGAGAGAAAUGUUCUUAUCUUCGAUCUGGGUGGAGGAACCUUCGACGUGUCCGUUCUGACCAUCGACGAGGGAUCGUUGUUCGAAGUGAAGUCCACAGCCGGCGACACGCACCUGGGAGGCGAGGACUUCGAUAACCGACUAGUCAACCAUCUUGCGGAAGAGUUCAAGCGCAAGUACAAGAAGGAUCUGCGCCUGAACUCUCGCGCACUCCGACGCCUCCGCACGGCUGCUGAGCGCGCCAAGAGGACACUCUCAUCCAGCACCGAAGCCACCAUUGAGAUUGACGCUCUGUAUGAGGGCAUCGACUUCUACACGCGAGUCUCCCGCGCCCGCUUCGAGGAACUGAACGCGGACCUGUUCAGGGGAACUCUGGAACCCGUCGAGAAGGCACUCAAGGAUGCUAAACUCGACAAGAGUCAGAUCCACGACGUGGUCCUCGUCGGAGGCUCCACCCGCAUUCCGAAAGUACAAACUAUGCUCCAAAACUUCUUCUGUGGGAAGAAACUGAACCUAUCCAUCAAUCCGGACGAAGCCGUAGCCUACGGUGCAGCAGUCCAGGCAGCCAUCCUGAGCGGCGAGACCGACUCCAAGAUACAGGACGUCUUGUUGGUCGACGUGGCUCCUCUGUCUCUCGGUAUUGAGACAGCCGGCGGCGUGAUGACGAAGAUCAUCGAACGAAACUCAAAGAUUCCGUGCAAACAGUCUCAGACAUUCACGACGUAUUCAGACAAUCAGCCGGCCGUCACCAUCCAGGUGUACGAGGGAGAGAGAGCGAUGACAAAGGACAACAACCUUCUGGGCACGUUCGACCUCACGGGGAUCCCGCCCGCGCCGCGAGGAGUGCCCAAGAUCGACGUGACGUUCGACAUGGACGCUAACGGCAUCCUGAACGUGUCGGCCAAGGAGAACAGCACCGGCCGCAGCAAGAACAUCGUGAUCAAGAACGACAAGGGCCGUCUCUCGCAAGCGGAGAUCGAUCGCAUGCUGUCCGAGGCAGAGCGGUACAAGGAGGAAGACGAGAAGCAGAGACAGCGCGUGGCCGCUCGGAACCAGCUCGAAUCGUAUUUGUUCAGCGUGAAGCAGGCGCUCGACGAGGCCGGCGACAAACUGAGCGACGCGGACAAGAGCACGGCGCGCGACGCGUGUGACGAGGCGCUGCGGUGGCUGGACAACAACACUCUCGCUGACCAGGAUGAAUACGAGCACAAGCUGAAGGAUGUGCAGCGAGUGUGUUCGGCGGUCAUGAGCAAGAUGCACGGUGCGGCGCCCGGCGGUAUGCCAGGAGGAAUGCCGGGUGGCAUGCCAGGAGGAAUGCCGGGUGGCAUGCCAGGAGGAAUGCCGGGUGGCAUGCCAGGAGGAAUGCCAGGAGGAAUGCCGGGUGGCAUGCCAGGAGGUAUGCCGGGCGGUAUGCCAGGAUACAUGCCUGGUGGAAUGCCCGGUGGAUACCAAAUGCCAAGAAAUGAUGGACCCACUGUCGAAGAAGUUGAUUGAACCAGUUCGUACAAAUUUCAAACUCUAUGUGAACCAAAACAUGAUCUCUGAUAUUUUUAGUUGUAAGCUCUCCCCACCUUUAUACAAAUGUGAUAUUAAUUUAGGAAUUAUUUAUGUAUAAAAUAAACUGUUAAAUAUACAAUAAA